GAAGUGUAACAUAACUGUACAGACUACAGUGUACACUGUGCAGUGUACUGCUAAGAGCGACUGUUGUUUACGUUUUACUCUAUCGUUUUAUUUCUACGACUUGUACGAUUACUGCGUAAAUACUUCUAGUUUUCUUUAGAAUUUAAUUGACUUUUUGAGUUUAACAGUGCAUUGCUCAUUAUAAUAUACCUAGGUUUACUUAUAAAAUAAACAUUUUCAUUAAUUAUUCUUAAGACGAAAUAUAUAUUUCACUUCUAAUUUGACUAUUUUUCAUCGUAUUGAUCUGCAAAUAUGAGGGAACCAGAGCACCUUCGUAAACUAUUUGUUGGAGGUUUAGACUACAAAACAACUGACGAAAAUCUCAAAAAGUAUUUUGAGCAAUGGGGUGAAAUAUCAGAUGUAGUUGUAAUGAAAGAUCAACAAACAAAGAGAUCUAGAGGAUUUGGCUUCAUAACAUAUGCUGCAGCCCAUAUGGUUGAUGAUGCCCAGGCUGCUCGUCCUCAUAAAAUUGAUGGACGGACAGUAGAACCUAAAAGAGCAGUACCCAAAUCUGACAUUGGAAAACCAGAAGCUGGUGCCACUGUAAAAAAAUUAUUCGUUGGUCUAUUGAAUGAUAGUAUAACUGAAGAUGAUUUAAAAGAAUAUUUUGCUCCUUAUGGUAAUGUUACCUCGGCUGCUUUAGUAGUACAUAAGGAAACUGGCAAAAAACGUGGAUUUGGUUUUGUGGAAUUUGACGAUUAUGACCCAGUAGACAAAAUAUGUUUGAAAGGGUUACAUAUAAUCAAAGGAAAGAAGAUUGAUGUUAAAAAAGCAUUAAGCAAAGAAGAAAUGGCAAGAGUAAAUGCUAGAAAUAACAAUUCUUCAGAUAACUGGGGUGGAGAUGGUCGAAAUGCUUGGGAAGUAACAAUGAGACAUUUUGGAAUGAAUAACCGUAGUGGUAAUAGUGGUGGAUGGAGAGGUGGUAAUGAUCCUGAUCCAUGGGAAUCGGGUCCUGUUUCACGAGGUGGAAAUUGGGGUGGUCCAUCAUCUAGUUCUUGGGAUGAUAAUUUUGGAAGUGGCUAUCAACAGAACUUUGGCGGUGGACCUAUGCGAGGAAGUGGGCCAAUGCGCAGUAGUAGUGCUUCAAGACCGGGUCCUUAUAACAGUAGUUAUGACAUUGACUUUAAUGACUUAGGUGGAUUCAGUGGCAACAAUUUUGCUAGUGGAGGCGGAAACAACAUUGGAAGCGCACGUCCAAGAAUGGUUCCUCGAGGUAGAGGUGGUCCUAUAAGAGGAUUAUCUACAAGAGGAAAUCCAGUUAGAAGUGGUAGAGGUGCCAUUGGACGGGGAAGAGGAAGGUACUAAAUAUUAAAGGUUAAAAAGUAUGAGCUGCCCCAAAAUGUAACCUAAGGGGUUUGGGUCAGGAGAAUUUCAGCCCGCAGAAAUUUAUACUUAUGCAGGUCAUCAGGAUUCUUUUUUAAAAACUUCUACUAAUUCCUCAAUUUAUAGUAACAAAAGAGGAGGAAGGAUUUUUUUAGGAUAAAGAUUGUGUGUAUUUUUUUUUCUAACUUCUUAAUUAAACAAUAAGUACAAGUAAUGAUUAUUCUUAUAACGAAAAGAGUCAGUAUUAUUCAAAAGUGUUAAGAUUUCCAAAUUAGAUUUAUAAUAUUUAGUAAGUUAGGUUUAAAUAAAUGAUAAUCGUGGAUCAAAAAAAAAAAAAAAACUAGUAUAAUGACAAGUAUUAAUAUUUUUUUUAUAUAAUCAAACUGAACAAUUCCGAAUGAAAGAGGUAUUUGAUAAUUUUAUGGUUUAUAGAAUUUAAAAUUAUUAUAAUACUUUUUUCAUAAUAAAUUACUUAAACAUUACUGUCACAAAUUACCCUCUGUAAUCCAGUUAUCAAGUCAAAACAUUUUUCUUAAGUAAUUUUUAAAUGGAUUAUAAUUCAUAUCAGAUUUUAUAUAAUAGUGUAUGAUUAUUUAGACGUAGGAGUAUAGGAAAACCUUAGAUUAUUGAGUUUUAUUCAAAUAUUCAUAUUGUAGUUCAACUAUCCUCUAACAAUUAUUUAUAUGUUUGUGAUCAUCUUUCUUAAUACUAUAUAGUUUAGAAAAUAGAUGUGUGUAACUAUUCGGUUUAGUAUUUUUAAACAAAUCUGAAAAUAAUAAUAUUGAUUUUAUAUUGUUCUAUACAUAUUACAUUUGUAUAUUUAAUAUUUAUGUAUACUCUAGCAGAUCAGAUUAGAAUAUAUGAAAAUUUUUAUUCCGGUUUUAUUUAAUGAACAAGUCAAAAUAAGUUUCUUCAAAAAAAAACAUUCACUUUUUUAUUAUGUUUAAUUAUCAACUAUGGCUGAUAUAAUUUUAUAGUACUUGUAUUCAGAUAAAUGUAUUAUUAUUGAUCUCAAUGUAUACAAAAACACUAUUGGUUCAAAUAUAAAUGCAGUUAUUUGAACCUUAAUAAUAAAAAUGCCUACAAAUGGAUUA